AAAGGUUAAUUUGAAUGACGAACAUGAUUUCAAACAGCAGGCACCAGCCUCAGAGAAGCUGCACAACCUUGCCGAGCUUCAUAUUAGUUGAGAUGGUGAUCAUGGCAGGGACCGUGAUGCUGGCUUAUUAUUUCGAGUACACGGACACCUUCACGGUCAACGUGCAAGGCUUCUUCUGCUACGAGGGCGCGUACCGAAAGCCCUACCCGGGCCCGGAGGACCGCAGCGCUGUGCCCCCGGUGCUGCUCUACUCGCUGACCGCAGGCGUGCCCGUGCUGGUGAUUAUCAUUGGAGAAACUGCAGUGUUUUGUCUACAGUUAGCUACAAAGGAUUUUGAAAACCAAGAAAAAACAAUAUUAACUGGAGACUGUUGUUAUAUAAAUCCACUGGUACGCAGGACCGUCAGAUUCCUUGGAAUUUAUGCGUUUGGACUCUUUGCUACGGACAUCUUUGUAAAUGCUGGACAAGUAGUCACAGGGAAUCUUGCACCACAUUUUCUUGCACUUUGUAAACCCAACUAUACAGCACUUGGAUGUAAACAGUAUACGCAGUUCAUCAGUAGUGUACAUGCCUGUACUGGAAAUCCAGACCUUAUAAUGAAAGCCAGAAAGACAUUCCCAUCCAAAGAAGCAGCACUAAGCAUAUAUGCAGCUAUGUAUCUGGCUAUGUAUAUCACCAACACAGUAAAAGCCAGAGGAACAAGACUUGCAAAACCUGUUCUGUGUUUGGGCUUAAUGUGCUUGGCUUUUCUUACUGGAAUCAACAGAGUAGCAGAGUAUCGAAAUCACUGGUCAGAUGUAAUAGCAGGAUUUAUAAUAGGAAUAUCUAUAGCAGUAUUUUUGGUUGUUUGUGUGGUAAAUAACUUCAGAGGACGUCAGCCAGAACACGAACAUUCACAUAUGGAUAAUUUGGCCCAGAUGCCCGUGAUCAGCAUACCCCGAGUAGAAAGCCCUUUAGAAAAGAACCACAUCACGGCCUUUGCAGAAGUCACAUGAUGUUGAUGCUGAUGUAUAUUCACUCCAUUGGACUUCAUCUCUUUUCACAGCCCACACACGAUAAUUGCAGUGUAUCAAAAAUAAGAAAUUUUUAGAAGUCCUAUUUAUGACUUGAUUUUUACAUCAUUAAAAUGACACCAACAUUUUGAAGAAUUCUUAAAUAUUAGAAUAUUACUUUCUAGAAAAAAUAUUAACUGUUUACUUUUUGAUGGAAUGGGACAAACUGAGCACUAAUUGCAUUUAUCUGACAAUACCCUCUAUUUUGGCUUCUCCUUGUUUGUAAUGGUUCAUAUAACUAUUCCAACAGUACUUCUUAUUUUGAUUUUACUUUGUUUUUUAAAUCUACAUUUUUAAUUCAGCAUGAACUUGUUUCCAUUUGAGGCAAUUUCAGUGUAUAAGAACUAGACAAAUAUGUUCUGUAUGAAAAUGCUGUUUGCACAUUGUAUUUUGCUGUACUCCAUGUAAGAUAUAUCAUUCAAACAGUAUGUUAUAUGUAAGACUGGUGCUUCUGCUUUUGAAGAGAAAAAAAUGCCAAUUUUUACUGUAAUAAGUAUUGUAUCAUAAUUAAAAGUUUAUUUAUUUGGAUAUUUUUCCUGACAUAAUUGUAGUUGAACUGUUGUUUUGUAGUUCUUGAAUGUCUUGGGUUAUAUGUAUGUAUCUAGGUUAAAAGAGAUGAAAAUAAUAUAGAAAGUUUGAUCAUCUAUAUAUUCUUUAUUACUAAUGAUAUCCCAUGAAAUGUUAAGGGCUCUAUUAUUAGCUGAGCGUAUCUGAUGGGAAGCCAUGCUGUUAAUGAAUUGUGAAUUAUUCCAGGAAGCCUGCAUCUUCUCAUAUUUAUUGUACACCCUGAUGUUAUGCUGGGAAAAUGGGUGCUAAGAUGGUAAGAGCUUCACUGGCUUAGUGAGAAAAGUGCAUGUGAGUUUCUACACUCAGUUUUCAUGUUGGAGCACUCACAGAAAUGGCUUCAUAAAUUUUUUUCAGCCGAAGUGAGCAGAACAGGCUGACUUUCUCUCUACAAAUCUUUCUAUCUCUUAGUGUUUCAGGGCCAUAUUCUUGGAAAAAAACCCUUCUGUCAGUCUGUGAAGUGUUGACAAAUUGAUUUUCUUCAACAUCAGGCAUUGUUAUCUCUGUUAUCGCUGUGAAUAAUCAAAUUGAACCUCCCCUUCAAAACACAGCUUUGCUGACUAUUGAUAGUGAAGUUGUCCUAUAAAAGUUAAGCGCCAAAUGGGCAAUGGCUGAUUCAGUGGUAGCGUGUAGACACAUGGAGAAUAGCAAUGUUCAGUGCAGGCUUUUGAGCCUUCUAGGCCUUAAAUUUUCCAUAAUUCAGAGUAUUUCCUGUGCAUUAGUCAUUGUUAGAAGAUGUUUGAAACAUAAGGCUGUAGAAUCAGGUUUUUAUUUUCUAUGAUGGAUUUUAAUGUGUUCCUACAUAGUCAUCCAGGUAACACCGGCUUUUUACUUUUUAUUUAACCUUUGCUUCUGCUAAAAUACAGCUACCUAAAUAGUGCUCGGCAAACAGGGCAAGGCCAAGUCAGCUUUGAGUGCAAUAAUAGAGUGUAUCUCACAAAGUUGGGCUAAGCUGACAAUUAGGGAAUAAAGAAAUACAUCCGUGGGGAGAAGAGUCCUGGAAAAGAGCCCUUAACCCUUAGUAACAAAGUUACUUAGAUGAUUGAAAAUCCACCUUUAUUAGACGAUCAAGUCCAAAGUUUGUAUCACCGUGUCAGGCACACUUACCCUUCUCUUGGUCUAGCUAUUUAGGGUCCAAGGUACUAAUGAUUUCUCUGUGUGCAGAUUUAAACUAAAUCUUCACUCGUUUUUGCAUGGUAGCAAACCUGCAUUUUUUCUAUCUGAUUUAUAAGAUUACCAAGAGAUUCUUUUACGUUAAAAGAGAUUACUUUUUCAGUGUACUGUAUAUCAUCAGCUUGUAACUGGUCUCUCUCUCUCAGGAUCUUUCCCAGUCAAAUAUUUGGGUUAAAUUUAUCAUUAUUUCUGUGAACCAGCAGUGAGAAAACAAAAAGAGAGACACUCUGCUGUAUAAUGUAUUUUUGAAUAAAAUAAUUUUUCAUUCA